AUGUAUUUUAAGCUGAUAUGCUCCAAAUCCCUCUCUUUUCUCGGUCGGUGCAUCUUCGCCUUCUUCCUCAUUCUAUCUGCACUCCAGUGUCAUAAUACAAUAACCACCAUGAAGUCUAUUCGUUACGAUAACACUCCUGGAUGUUACAUGAAUGCUGUCCAUGAGCUGCUGAAACGAAACAUAUCUCUUGACGAGUAUUUCACUAGGUGUCUCGCACAUUACGGACCAGCGGAGCAACGUGUACACCAUCCACCAGAUGAUUGCAUCAUCCGUAAUUCUAUCUACUGUUUAAUGGCGGAAGGAGAAGAGUUUGGUCUCAUGACAGGAGCAUUGAAAGCUUGCGAGACGGACCCUUUGGCCUACUCUUAUACCAGGUUAACUGAAGCGCAAGCUCAGGGCAUUCUAGCCUCGCCUCUGUUUCGACAGGCAAUGCUGUUUAUCGCAAUCACGACCGACAACACACCUCUAGCACUCGACAUCCUGGAGCUCGGGCCCUUUACAAUUCCCUCUGAGGACUUAUGGAUUCUUCAUGAACGGAGCCGUGGCUGGUCUUCUGACGAUAAGAUAAAAAAAAUUCCAAAUGUGGUUUGGGCUUCGGUUAUUCGACAUGGGUUGGCAACCCCAACUUUCGGCCUGGUCAUUGAAGCUGUACUAAGCGACGACUCGGCUGGCAGUAUAGCUAUGCUCAGUGCCAUAUGGGAAGUCAACCCUGAGCUGAUGAGACCAAGCGGUAGUGUUGAUCUUUGUGAAAGCUCAAUCGAGGGAGACCGCGGAUUGGAUAUUAACUACAGGACUGUCACUGAUUCGGAUGAAGAGGUUCCGUGGCAGGGUGAUCCAAUAUUUCACUCGGAGAGACUCUAUGCAUUUCAUUUAGCUCCCAUAUCCCGACGCCUUACAGCACUGCAUGCCGCGGCUUUUCGAGGAAAUGCAGUGGCUGUUAAAUAUUUACUAGAGAGAGGGGCUAAAGUGGAUUCUCAAGAUGGACUGGGACAGACAGCAAAGUAUAUUGCCAACAGGGACGGUCACAGGGCAGUGGUCGAGGUCAUCGAUGCCCAUGAGCGUGGCUUUGCAUGA